GGAGAAAAGAGAAAUAGGCCUCGCCAAAGACUCCUGAGUAAGCGUAGAAGUCAUGGAAUGAGAGGAGAGGUCCUUUUGUGGACCAGGAAUUGGUUAAGUAGCAUAAAGUAGAGAGGAGGAAGAAAUGGCCAGCUCCCUGAAUGGAGAAAUGGAGAAAGUGGAGGCCCCAAGGGAUCAGUGUUGGGAUCUAUGCUUUCAAAUGAUCUAGACCAUGGCCCCAAAGAAACCUGCAGCGCCGGAAAAGCCAGAGGAGCCACCAAAACCACCUCCCGGGAAGCUCAAAUGGACAUUCUAUUCCACCUUUGGAACCAUCUGCGUUAUCAGCUUCUUCACUAUGCUUGUUCUCUAUAUCAGGUUGAUCACAGAUUCCGAAAACCCGCUUCUAUUACCAAUGAAAAAACUGAGGAUCAAUAUGGCAGAUGGGCUCAGGAAUCCGAAGAUCGUUCACACGUCUCCCAUAGCUUUAGCAGAAGAAGUGGCAAAGUUGCCAGCAAAAAUAGAACAAUCGGAAAAGACCUUCCAGGCACGGAAAGGAAAGUACAAAGACCUCUUCAAGAAAGGUAAACCGAAGACUGCUGGUGGCUGGGAUUUUUUUGGGAAGAGUUUCUACUACAUUUCUAAUGAGGAAAAGACCUGGCAUGAUGCCGAGAGCUUCUGCCUGACUAGAGACUCCCACUUGGCCUCCAUCCUAAGUGACGAAGAGCAGAACUACCUCACCUCUCAGCUGAGUGAUCCCACCUGGAUUGGCCUUACAGAUGAAAACGAGGAAGGCAACUGGAAAUGGACAGAUGGCUCCAGAACUAAAGCACAAUAUUGGUCUCUCGGCAACCCCAGCUACUCAGAGCAUGAUGGAGCGCUGGAGAAAGACUGCACAUCCAUCGUGCCGUCAUCUGGUGGAUAUAACUGGAAUGACGACUACUGCCACAAACUACAUAAAUGGGUGUGUAAGGAGAACAUAGACAUUGAAGAACCAUAAAGUUGGGGAAAACUGGGCCAAUACCUUACUGAAGGCAGAAUGGUUUUCAUUCCAUUGUUCAACUCCAGGAGAAGUCUGCUUAGCCACAGAACGAACAGAAACAUCCAAUUCCACCCAAGGCUUGUUCUUUGUGCUCCGUGAAACAAAGAGAGUUUGAGAGGUUGUUUGCUAUUA